AUGUCAUUAAACACUGUCUUUGCGGAAGCGGGCCUAACCGAGCUCAGGGUUUACAGAGCUGAGAUUAUAAACCAGCAUGUCAUUGUGAGAGAUCCAGAAGAAAUAGAGGCCUUGUAUGGAAGGGGCUAUUUUGGGAAAGGUAUAUUGUCAAGAAGCAGACCUGAAUAUAGAAUUUCAAACAAAUGGAGCGAUGCCAAUUUCAUGAGCAUGCCUGUAAUUUCUUCUGCCAAGUACCAGCUGCAUUUGGACUGGGCUAGAGGAGUUCUGCAAGGGCAGGGGCUAGAUGAAGACUCAAUAGAAAAGACCCUUAAAAAAUACACAGACCCGGUGGAGCUGGAGUGUGCAGGCAGCACCUCCAAAAAUGAGCAAAUGGAUUGCUGUGCUGCAGCAGACAGAGGGCAGGCAGAGGGAUCCACUCACCAUAGUGAUGGAGAUCUGGAACCUUCAGAUUCUGAACUCCAGUCAGGGAGUCCAGAGAGGAAGAAGCCUCGGAGACAGGGGGAUCUGCAGUACGAUCCUCUGGCUGACAUUUAUCCAGAGGAGCCCGCAGUGCUUGACAAAGAGGCCCUAUCUACUGUGAAGUGUCAUAAGCAUGACGACCUGAUUAUGCACUGUGGGUGCAGGUUGAAGGACAGCAUCAUAGACGACAUGCUCAGCAAUGCGACGGCACCUCCAACACCAUCCUUCACCCCUGGCCAUGAGUACGUGCUGGUGCAGGAGGAUGAGGAGAAUCCUUGUGACAGUUCGGAGAAAACGCCAAGAUUAGUCUGCAGAAUCAACCCAUUUCGAAUUAUUGAAUACCUCCAGCUUACUUUAGAAGAGGCCUUUUUCUUGACGUACGCCUUGGGAUGCUUGUCCAUUUAUUACAAUGAGGAGCCUUUGUCCAUUGUUAAGCUCUGGCAAGCUUUCAGUGUAAUUCAGCCUAGUUUUAAAACAAUCUACAUGGCCUACCACCACUUCAGGAGCAAAGGAUGGGUGCCAAAAGUGGGAAUGAAAUAUGGAACAGACCUCUUGCUGUAUCGAAAAGGACCUCCAUUUUACCAUGCAAGCUAUUCAGUCGUGGUGGAGAUGGUUGACGAUACUUUCCAAGGAAAACCCCUCAGACCGUUCAGCUGGAGGUCCCUUGCUGCUCUCAAUAGAAUCACAGUUAACGUUUCCAAGACCAUCAGAUAUGACAGAGGAGGAAAUGUCUUCCCCAGAAUGUAUGAACAGGAUCAAAGUUCAGGAGCUUAUUGUGAGUCGCUGGAUAUCUUCACGAGAACGUACAGAACAAGAGAUGUAAAACAUUGCAGAGUGAUGGUGGUGGUGAUGGUGGUGGUGGUUGUUGAAUUAGGGUUACAGAACACCCUGCAAAGUUUACUAGAAGUACAUUAUGUUACCUUUGCUGUGUCCCUUGUUGUCUGUAUCGCAAGGUUAUAUUAUUGAACUUACUGCCAACUCUUUAGAAACUUUUAUCAACUGGGCAAAACAUUAUCAACAUUUACUCGGGAGCGUUCGACAGGAGAAAACAAAAAUCUUCCAGGGGACGCAGUGUAUCCAAAUCACACUCCCUCCUGCAGUAAAGAUGGUUUUCUGUUCCCACAAUACGCCACUCAUUCCAAAUGCAAUGACUUAGUUGAUUUACCUGUGAUGAGUAAAUACGCAAUUAUCAAAACUAUCCAUAAUAUGUUGGAAAAAUGGGAUACAGCAAAGAUAAUGUGUGUUGUACACACUGCAAGGGGUUUUGUGAUACUGGAACUUGCUGUUGAAGUAUUAUUAGAUAUUAGAUUAGUAUUAUUAUCCCUAUUAGAGGACAGUACACACUACCGAGCUGAGUGUUUACCAGCUUGCAAGUUGAACAUGAUUUAGAAGAAAAUGCACACUCGGCACGCAAAAUACUUCUUGUGGAAAAGAAAAGAAAAUUUAAAAUGUUUAAAGUUUCAGGUGUCUGAGUUUGCAUCAUUUUGGUUUCUAAUAAAUACUUCAAAGCUUAUUUUGAUUCAUUAGCAAAAUAAUUGUUAUCUGCUUGUAAAGUGUACUUUAUAAUACAGUAUUAAUAAAAUAAAAAAAGAUUGACUAGCAGAAACUGUGACAUGUAUUAAAAUUAAGUACGGUGAUACUUUUCCUACUUUUCUUUAUUUGUGAAAAGCCUGCCCUGGACAAGUUGACAUCGUAUAUCUUAAUGUAUAUUUAAUUCUUAAUCCGCUAAUCCUAAUGGACCGUUUGAUUGAAAUCAAGUUUUAUCGGUUUUAAUUUACUCGGCGGAAACUUGUGACAGCUGAUAUGUCAUUGGAUGAUCAAGAACACUUCACCUGCUGCGACAAGGACACGGGACUCUUGUUGGGCUGUUCAUGGUCACAAAGGAAACGUGAGCAAUCUAUAAAACACAAGUGUCAUUGUGACUGACAAAAGAAUCCUCGCAGUAACUCUAUAGCUUCAUAUCCGUCCCACGUGAACUAACCUGGAGACGGGCAAAUUACCGGCCUGCAAGAAAACCACAAUGUGAAUUGAAAGAUAAUUGCUUUACAUUAGAUACUGUUGCUAGUAUAUGGAUUGUUGAACUCUAAUUGAAACUAAUUGGAAAUGAUUUGAAGAAACCAAAAAUAAGGUCCAAUUAAUAUACAAACAAGCCAUUGUUCACACACUGAUAGAUGCAUUCCAAGUAAUACACAUAUUAAGCAACAAGACUUUCACUGCCUAGAAUUUUUGAAACACACAAUGAAGAAUGAUACGUGGUUUGUAACUACAGUUUCUCUUUUUUGUGAUCGGAGAUGAUGGAAUAAUAAAGCAAAAAUGAUCUUGUGUGCCUGUGUAAACAUUGAAACUCCCUUGCUAUGUUUACGGCUUGCCAAAGCAAACUUCAAGACAUGCACAGCUGCUACAGCCCACUGUUGUCAUUUAAUUAAUUGUGUGGCAUCGUAGUACAACAGUUUGAAAUGGAACCUUUCAUGAGAGGAGCACCCCUUUAAAUUACAGCUAUGGCCAAAAGCUUUGCAUCACCCUAUAGAAUUACCUCAUAAAGUCGAAUGAAACCUGCUGACUGAUGUUACGUUAGUUCAGAAUUAGGAGGCUUAGAAGCUGAGAACAAAACUUCUAUCCAAACAGGGUUUUUCUGCUACGAUGUUACAGGAAACUUCUACUGUAUAUUGGUGAUAUAGCUUGUAACGUGACCUACUGAAAUAAGAGUAUGAAACACAAUCUGUAAGGAAACUCCCAUUUGUUAUUAAAAAAAUGUUAAUUGUUUUAUUAAGGGUAUGUUAACCUGUUUCCAGAUUUGAAAGGCAACUUUUUUUUUUUUUAAUUCAAUAUGAAAAACUAAUGUAUUUACAGAUUGCACAGUGUUAACAUUAAGGUUCAUUUUGUAAAAAAUUUAAUUCAAUGCUGGACUUUUCAGUAUUCUUCUAAAUUGACAAACCAAAUUCUUUGACCAUUGCACAA